UGGGCAGGUCCGCGCACGCGCCCCAUAGGGGUGUUCCGGAAACGGUGUUCUGAGAAAUGAGAUGGAGAAGUACGAGCGGAUCCGAGUGGUGGGGAGAGGUGCCUUCGGGAUUGUGCACUUGUGCCUCCGUAAAGCUGACCAGAAGCUAGUGAUCAUCAAGCAAAUCCCAGUGGAGCAGAUGACCAAGGAAGAGCGGCAAGCAGCCCAGAAUGAGUGUCAGGUGCUCAAGCUGCUAAAUCACCCCAAUGUCAUUGAGUACUAUGAGAACUUCCUAGAGGACAAGGCCCUCAUGAUUGCCAUGGAAUAUGCACCAGGUGGUACCCUAGCCGAGUUCAUCCAAAAGCGCUGCAAUUCCCUGCUGGAGGAAGAGACCAUCCUGCACUUUUUUGUGCAGAUUCUGCUUGCCUUGCAUCACGUGCAUACCCAUCUCAUCCUGCAUCGGGACCUCAAGACCCAGAACAUCCUUCUUGACAAACAUCGCAUGGUUGUCAAGAUUGGCGACUUUGGCAUCUCCAAGAUCCUUAGCAGCAAGAGCAAGGCCUACACGGUGGUAGGUACUCCAUGCUAUAUUUCCCCUGAGCUGUGUGAGGGCAAGCCCUACAACCAGAAGAGCGACAUCUGGGCCUUGGGCUGUGUCCUCUAUGAGCUGGCCAGCCUCAAGAGGGCCUUUGAGGCUGCAAACCUGCCAGCGCUAGUGUUAAAGAUCAUGAGCGGCACCUUUGCGCCCAUCUCUGACCGGUACAGCCCUGAGCUACGCCAGCUUGUCCUGAGUCUGCUCAGCCUGGAGCCUGCACAUCGGCCACCACUGAGCCACAUCAUGGCACAGCCCCUCUGCAUCCGAGCCCUACUUAACCUGCACACCGAUGUGGGCAGCAUCCGCAUGAGGAGAGCAGAGAAAUCCCUGGCCCCAGGAACACCCAUGGCCCCGGGCAGCACAGGGAACAGAACCACUAGUACCCGCUGCAGGGGUAUCCCCCGGGGGCCUGUGAGGCCGGCCAUCCCACCACCACUAUCAUCCGUGUACACAUGGGGUGGCGGGCUCAGCACCCCACUGAAGCUGCCGAUGCUUAACACAGAGGUGGUUCAGGUGGCCACUGGGCGCACGCAGAAGGCCGGGAUCACACGUUCUGGGCGCCUAAUCCUGUGGGAGGCCCCACCCGUAGGUGCCCUUGGAAAUGCCCUCCUCCCAGGGGCAGUGGAGCAGCCUCAGCCUCAGUUCAUCUCCCGUUUCCUGGAGGGCCAGUCAGGUGUGACUAUCAAGCAUGUGGCCUGCGGGGACCUCUUCACAGCCUGUUUGACUGACCGAGGCAUCAUCAUGACCUUUGGCAGUGGCAGCAAUGGGUGCUUAGGCCAUGGCAGCCUCACUGAUAUCAGCCAGCCCACCAUAGUGGAGGCCCUGCUUGGCUAUGAGAUGGUACAAGUGGCCUGUGGUGCCUCCCAUGUGCUGGCCCUGUCCACUGAGCGAGAACUGUUUGCCUGGGGCCGUGGAGAUGGUGGCAGGCUGGGACUAGGCACCAGGGAGUCCCAUAGCUGUCCUCAGCAGGUGCUGGUUCCCUUAGGACAGGAAGCCCAGCGGGUUGUAUGUGGCAUCGACUCUUCCAUGAUCCUCACCGUGCCUGGCAGAGCCCUGGCCUGUGGGAGCAAUAGGUUCAAUAAGCUGGGCCUAGACCAUCACUCCCUUGGAGAGGAGUCUGUACCCCACCAGCAAGUAGAGGAAGCCCUGACCUUUACUCCAUUAGGCUCUGCACCCCUGGAUCGGGAGCCCCUGUUGAGUGUUGACCUAGGUACUGCUCAUUCAGCUGCUGUGACUGCCUCAGGUGACUGCUACACUUUUGGCAGCAAUCAGCAUGGGCAGUUGGGUACUAAUGCCCGCCGGGGCAGCCGGGCACCAUGUCGAGUCCAGGGCCUUGAGGGCAUCAAGAUGGUGACAGUGGCCUGUGGAGAUGCCUUCACAGUAGCCAUUGGUGCAGAGGGUGAAGUUUACUCUUGGGGCAAAGGAGCCAGAGGACGACUAGGAAGGAAGGAUGAAGAUGCUGGGCUCCCUCGGCCAGUGCAGCUGGAUGAGACACACCCUUACACAGUGACGUCUGUGUCCUGUUGCCAUGGAAACACUCUCCUGGCUAUUCGACGUGAGUUAUCUUUUCCCACCUUAUACACAUAAGUGUUAACCCAACUGUCCUCUCCCCACAAACCUAUCCCCUGCAGUUAUACCACAAGCCCCCAGGAUAAAUGAAAGCAGAAGCUUCCAGGUAAAACUCCGAGCUUUCUGCUUGGGUGGACAAGGGCUGGGUUUUUGAGCCUCAAUGAAAGGGCUCCCUCCACUGCUCCCCAGAGCUCACAUGCAUUCUUUCUCCUCCUACACCCUGGGUCAAGUUGAUGUUGAACAUCCAUUGCUGGCCCUGGACAUUCCAAGGCCCAAUAGGAGUGGAGGUGGAUGCAAUGCUAGCUGGAGGCACUGCCCUCAGGGAAGCUGCAGGGAUUUCUCUUUAAUACUCUCCAGCAGUCACAGAUGAGCCAGUCCCCCCUUGAGGCACCGGGACACCUCUGGACCACCCUGAUAUUGCUUCUCUUCUGAGUAUUCUGAAAAGUUUAGGUGCCUAAGGCAUGACUUCCCACCAGCCUUCUGGAUUGUGAUAUCAUCAGGAUGGAAGUGACAGUGAAGGCCUGCUCUGCUUUUGACCCUAGAUAGGGAAACCUCAGCCACCUCUGUUCCCCAGCAUCUCCUUUCCCUCUUUCCUUAUUCACUAUUCAUAGUGGUCCAGCCUCACUGGAGUUGGCAGCCAGACCUAGUCUUUGGAAGCAGGGUGAUCUUCAAAGCCAUCCCUAAAAAAGCCACCCCUAUGGCUCU